AUAGUCGGGUUGGCCCAAGAGUCCAGAUAAUACCUGCCACCUUUGUGGAGGACAGGUAGGACACUCGACAACAAUGCACGGAGAAGUUUGCAGACCAGGGGACUGUGGCAGGCUCCGGUAUCAAACCUGAUCUUAUCUUAUCUCACCAGGAACUAGAAAGACGUUGUAAGUAGGACAUCAAGGUGUGCCGGCAGGCUGGAACGCUUGGCCCGAGGGACUACGCUUCCUGAAAAAGUCUUAAUUUAUGUGCACAUAAGUGAGCAGACUGAGUUUCUAACAGGUUUCUGUAAGGUGCGCGGUGAAAGGCGUCGAUGGGAGUUGGGGCUUACGGGAGACCAGCGAACACGGCUCCCAGAGCAGACAGGCGCCCAGGUUUGUGCCAGCAGAAAAAAUGUUGCGCGCUUCUUCUCAAGGGGACCUGCUCCUCUGUGAGCAUAGCCACCGUCGGAUUCUUGUUAUUCGUGGGAGCCUGUCAGCUGUACCUGCCGGACCCGCUCGCGGUGCAGCCGGUUGUGUCUAAAGAGAACAAGACGGUGACGCUGCUGAUAUGGUCCCAUCCUUUCGGUCGACAGCGCGAACUUCCGGACUGCUUUGAGCUCUACCAGAUCAGCGGGUGCACGCUCACCGACGACGGGCGCGCGUACCCGCAGGCUGACGCUGUCGUCAUUCACCACCGGGAGGUUGCCAUCGGCAUUGUUGACCUGCCAUCGGAACCGCGGCCACGUGCGCAAAAGUGGAUAUGGAUGAACCACGAAUCCCCCACGCACACACCGUGGCUGUGGCAUUUUGAGGAUGUUUUCAACCUGACAAUGAGCUACCGGACGGAUUCCGAUAUAUUCCUGCCGUACGGGUAUCUGGUCCCCCGGGAGCACAGACCCAAAGGUCUCCUGAGCAGCGUUGGGCACCCGCUCCGCGUACCCUCGCGUUCACACCUCCUCCGGCCCCGCCUCCUGGCCUGGGUCAUCAGCAACUGGUCGGAGUCCCACGCGCGCGUGGCCUUCUACUACGAACUCCGCCAGUACCUCCAGGUGGAUGUGUUCGGGCGCGCGGGUCUGUCGUUGCCGGAGGACAGCGGCGGCGACAGCGUGGUGCGGCUGGUCGAACAGUACCAGUUCUACCUGGCGCUGGAGAACUCGCAGCACACCGACUAUAUCACGGAGAAGCUGUGGAACGCGGUGGUGGCCGGUGCCGUCCCGGUGGUCAUGGGUCCGUCCAGGCAGAACUAUGAGCGCUUCCUGCCCCCCGAGGCCUUCAUCCACGUGGACGACUUCCCCACAGUGAGCGGGCUGGCACGGUACCUGCUGAUGCUGAGGCGCAACCCGGUCCAGCUGAGGCGGCACCUGAACUGGAGAGGGAGGUACAGCGUGCACCAGCCCCUCUUUUGGGCUGAGCACUACUGCACGGCCUGCAGGGCGGUGAGGAGGACCAGAGGCAGGACUAGUGUGGUCAAAGACUUGACACGCUGGUUUCACUCGUGAGAAUGACCUCCUGUAUGACCUCCACCUGAAUGAACUGAUGGGAAAACUGAUCAUUUGUAACCAGGCUCUGCCCACCUGGUGAUGAUCAGCUAUCGAAGUUUACAACAGAAAUCUAUAUUAUAUAUAUAUUUAUUUAUCAUCGACUAUGAUUGUUUGGGAGCCUGACAGACUUUAUAUGACUUUAAUUAAAUGUGAAAUUGAAUGUGAAAAUUAAGAAUUAUGGUUUGAUUAUGGUGACUGAUUCUGAUUUUGAUGAUUCUGUCUGUUCCUGUACUCUAGACUACACCCUCAAAGUAAAGUUAUUUUUUCAAAGUUUCA